AUGGGGAGGGGUGGAGUUGGAGGCGGAGAUUCUUGGGUUUGGCUUCCUGACCCCAUUGGAGGUUUCAAAGUUCGAGGUGCUUAUGAGGUCCUUACAGCGACUGUCAAUCCCAACAAGGAUAGUGCUUUGGAAUUGGUUUGGCAUCAUCAGGUUCCUUUGAAGAUAUUGAUCUUUGCUUGGAGUCUCAUUAGGGAUCGGUUACCGACGAGAGCAAAUUUGGCAGCACAUGGUAUCUUACAGUUAGACACUGCUCUGUGUGUGGCAGGUUGUGGUAUGAUUGAAACAACAGAUCACUUAUUUCUUUCAUGCCCGUCUUUUGCGGUAUUAUGGGAGCAGGUGCGGCAAUGGAUAGGUUGUGUGGGGGUUGACUCCAACAUUAUUUCUCAUCACUUUGUGCAGUUCACUAGGAUGUCAGGUUUCGGCAAAGCUAGGAGGUCUUUUCUACAGUUAAUAUGGCUUUUGUCAUCUUGGGUGAUUUGGAAUGAGCGUAACAAUCGUUUGUUUAAAAAUGUGAUUACCGAGGUUCCUAGAUUACUUGAUAAAAUUAAGUUGUUAUCUUUAGCGCGGCUGAAAGCUAAAAAAGCCACUUUUGUUUUUGGAACUCAGAUGUGGUGGUCAAGUCCUAUGGUUUGUUUGGGCAUUAGCUAA